CGGCCAGGGUGCGCGCGCGGCUAACCCGCCUGAAACGGAGCACGCACGCGCAGGGCGCUCCCCGCCGCAGGGGCUGGCGCAGGCGCACCCGGGAGUCGGGGGCGGGGGUGGUCGCGGCGGGAGCUGCGAGCGGGAGCCGCUGCGGUGCGGGCCUUUCCCCUGGCUGUUUCCGAAACCCGCUCGCUCCCCCGCAGGAGGCCGUGCGCUCCCCUCUCCGCCGCUAGCGAGGCGCCCGAAGCCCUGCCCGUGCCUGCCGCGAGCCGCGGACGGCCGGCGCCCGUGCUUUAAUUCGCGGGCCCCUGCGCACAAACCCGACAGUGUGUUGGCCGUUUAGUUCCGGCCUUGAGUACGGCCGCGUCCCCGAAGGACGGGCGUUGGAGGAAGGACAGGUCCAGACCGAGAGACGCGUCAGCCCGUCCGAAACGACGAGCGCACCGAGCACCUCCGCCGGCUCCGCGGGGCCGGCCGCUCCCGGACGCAGCCGGUCAGGGCCGGGACGUGCUGGGAGCGCGACCCGCGCCGGCUGCGGACGCUCGGGGAGGGACAGAGGCGCGAGCGUUCGUUCCUGGACCUAGGAGUGCUGAUUCCGGAUGCACGGGACCGUUCUUCGCUUGGCUUCAACACGUUAUUAAGAGGAAGGUCGUGCGGGCGCCUGGGGGGCUCCUGGGUCGAGCGUCCACUCGUGGUUUCAGCUCAGCUGAUUGUGUCGGGUUCGGGGGAUGGAGCCCCUUGUGGGGGUCUCCCCGGGAUUCUUUGCUCUCCUCUGCCCCUUCCCUCCCACCUGCCCUUACUAAAAACACACAACAACCCCGAAAUCAAUGCCAUGCAGUCUUUAAAAAAUACGGUAACUAGAAAAUUUAAAACUAUCUACAUGGGCAGGAUUUCUGGAAUAGCAGAUAGAGGAGUUUUCCAAAUGCCUUCCCAAAAAAGCAAUGUUUAAAACAGGGCAAAUCGUUUAAAGCAACCAUUCCAGGACUCUUUUUUUUCAAGAUUUUAUUUAUUUAUUUAUUCGACAGAGAGAGCACAAGCUUUCUCCCAGGUCCCCAUUCCAGGACUCCUGACCAAAGAUAUACAACAUUUAAGAGCACUUAGAUGGAAGUUAUGAACGUCAGGUGGGCCUGGCUGGCUUCUCAGCAGAGCCAGGGGCCGGGUGUGACCCUUGAUCUUGGGGUUGUAGGUAUGGACCCCAUGUUGGCUACAGAAAUUACUCAAAAAUAAAAUCUUUAAGAAAAAAAAAGGAAGGGGUGACUGGGUGGCUCAGUGGGUGAAGCGUCUGCCUUCGGCUCAGGUCAUGAUCCCGGGGUCCUGGGUUCAAGCGUAGGUCGGGCUUUGCUCUGCGGGGAGUGUGCUCCCUCUGCUGCUGCUCUCCCUGCUCGUGUGCUCAACGUCUCUCUCUCUCUUUAUCUUGCUGUCAAAUAAAUAACUAAAAUCCUUAAAAAGAAAGGGGGCAUUUUGUGGAGUUUCGGGAAGGGGCGCCUUUCCUUUCCUCCCACCCUCUGGUAAUUCCACCAGAGUCAGGUGGGCCUCCAGGACCUGACACCGGGGAGGGCUGAUUACAAAGCCUCCCAGGGUGUUGAGAAAAUUGCAGUCAUGGUGGCAGACGGCGAGCUGGACACCCAGCUGCCAGAGGCCACAGGACUGGUUAAAGCAAGGACAGUGCAGCCAGAAAUUCAACAAGGAGACUCAGUCGACAAAACAGCAGUCAUCGGGUCAGCUGCCGGUGGUGCCUGGUGGCCUGCAAGGCCGCGUGUGUGCCCCGCAGGGACCAGGCUGCACUCCCAGCUCCACACUCUUCUCUGGCUGCAUUUGAGGCUUCGCAGCAGCAAAACGGAAAAACCAGGGCUGAACUGCGGACUGCUAGGACUUGGAAUGCGUCCCCAACCUACGCAGAACUGUCGACAAAGGACGCAGCCCCCCCAAAGGACGCUGGCUCACGAUGCUUACGUGCGCCUUCUGACCAGUAACUUACGGUCGUUAAGCUGUACUGACCCAGGGAAACGGAGGAGACCAGGGGCACCCACGCCGUCCUGGGCGUCCGUGGGCCGCGCUUGCUGCUGGGCCGCAUUCCUCGGUCCGGACAAGCCGCCGUCCACCUGUCGCUUCACCUGCGAUGGAGGUCUCCAUGUGUGCGGCUUUGGGCUACAAAAAAGGAAGAGGGAGCGACACCGGACUUGUGUGCUCGCUCUGUGCCACGGGAGGACAGCAAGAAGGCAGCUGAGAGCCGGGAGAACAGCGCUCCCCAGGAACUGCGCCAGCAGGAACCUCGACCGUGGACUUCCCGGCUGUGAGGGUGAAUUCCAGUCUGUAGUGUCAUGUUACGGCAGCACGAGCAGACGGACACAUCCCCGAAAUAUUUCGUGCAAACGGAAUCCUCCGCAUGCGCGGAGACUGGUCUCCCUUCUGGAACUCGGGGAGCGUCUGGAGGGAAUGGGUCACCUUUUUCUCCUACACGUCCUGCAGAACUGGCCAUUCCGCUCUGGAGUUAGCUCUGCAGACAGGUGUUAGCCGCAAACUCACUGUCUCCCACGCAGGUAGGGUCACUCGGGCUGCGACUCCUUCUUGACUUUGUCCGGUGUGGGAUUUCGUCACCUUACCUAGGCUGCCCGGUUGUGUGGCACGAAACCGUCCGUAGUUCUCUGGCACGGGGGGGUCUCGGGGACGUCCCCUCCCGUUGCUGACGCCGGCUCUUGGGGUCUUCACUCCUCUUCCGGCUCGGUCUUCUUUAAGGUUUGUGCACUGCUGAUCACCUCUAAGAACUUGGUUCUGGGUUCAUUAAAUUUCUGUUGUUCUGCACUUUAUUCAGCUGAUUUUCA